GUCGUUUUGGAUCGCAUAUAAAAACCUCGCAGCCAGGUUAUCCAGUCACUUCUAGCGUAGAUGCAAAAUGUUACGGUUCAGAAAGAUGCUGGUUCUGCUGUUUAUGCUAACAUCAACUCAGUUGGUAUUCGCGGUGGAAACUACUAUAUCAGAUGCUCAAUUAAAAACGGAUAAUACGCAAACUGCUGGAAGCAAGGUCCAAAACGUUCUUAAUGCUUUUGACGUCUCUCAGCCCUAUUUUAAAGGACUCACUGAUAAGAAUCUUUAUCGACUCUUUGGUAUUCCCACUGCAACACCAGGGCAGUUCCCAUGGAUGGCUCUCAUCGUUGCUGCCUAUAUGGUGAAGUUUUUAGCGGAUCCUUAAUAUCAGAUCAGUGGAUUCUCACUUCUGCAUACUACUGCUCAAUGUAUAACUUGAGCUCUAUAAUCUUGGGAGUUGUCGACCAUACCUACAUAUUGGAAAAAACAAUUAAAAUUGAUUAUAAUUUCAUUUGCUACGUGCACGAGCUUUACGACCCAAAUAAUAUGACAAAUGAAUACAACAUAGCUCUGAUCAAGAUGCUGCGACCUGUCACUUUUACAGUCAACAUAGCGCCCAUAAAACUUCCUUCUGUAAAUGAUGCCACGAAGGAUUUUACUAAAGUUCCGAUGACAGUUAGUGGAUUUAUGCCAGUGAGCUCUUGUUAUAAUUAUGAAAAAGACCAAAAUUCAGCAACUUUCUCUCUGAAGUACGACAAACUGCAGGGGGUUAACUAUACUAAGUGCUCUGCAACGCUCAGUGCAGAAUAUGGGAUUACUUUGCCUGGAUCCGCAAUCUGCACAGGCAACACCAAAGUCGGACCCUGUGGUGGUGUUCAAGGCGCUCCUUUAUUCUACAAAAACCAAGAUGGAUCUUGGGUUAUUGCGGGCACUAUUGCAUUUAGUCCCUAUUACUAUUGCAACAAUCCGACAGUUUUUACCCGUGUUAGCUCAAAUCUUGAUUGGAUUUUUUCAAAAACUGGAAUGGGAGCAUAAACCAGCACUCCAAAAGCAACUACUGGAAAGCCCUAAACUACCACAAUUACUUAACCAACCUCUAGCUCUACUGGAAAAACCACCACCACCUCUUAAUCUUCAAAUAAGAAGACCACCACCAAGACCACCACAAAAACCUCUGAAACUAAGAAAUCUAGCAGCACCACUAAAAAACCUCUGUCUAAAAUAUGCUUUGAUUUCAUGCUUUGACAUCUGAUAAUGUUUGAUACACGAUCUUACUGGCAAAAUAACCACUUUGACGAAAAGAGCAAGAAUUUAUUUUACUAUUGCAUCUGUUUUGAAAUAAUUCGAAGGAAAUGUCAGAAAAUUAUUUGAUUCAAUUGUCUUGAAGGGAUUCAUGCAAAAAUAUAUUAUAAAUAGUUUGUGUUUGGAUUCAAUAAAACUUUAAAAUAUAUAAAAAACUUGUUUUUAAGAGCGGUCCAAUAGUUCAAUCUGCGGGAAAAUCGUCAAAUUAGAUCAUGUAAUUAAUUUGCUGUAGUUGAAUUCCAUGAAAAAUUAUUGUUAGUAGUUUUAAAAAUAAACUAGAAAUCAAUCACAUGUCACAUUCGAUAGGGCCAUUCUGGGCAUCUCCUGCAAUUUUUUCACCUUCUACGGAAGAAAAAAGAUCGAAAAAGCAUCGGGAGUAAACUGAAAACUGACAUCCGAGCAAUGCUACACGGACAUGUUUUGUUCAAUCCGAAACGAUGAACUGCUGCAUGUAUAUAUACAGUAAUUUUGUAUUUUGCCAUUCGUCUUACUUUUGAUUUUGGAAUAAUGCUUAUCUGUGAGCGAUCAUCGCACAUAUAUUAUGAGUGCUGAAAAUCGCUGCUGACUGAGCUAAUUUAAUUGCCAUCUCUCGUUGUCUGUAUUAUAUCUUCAAACUUUUUAACUUUCGCCGCGCCCCGCCCGCUCCUGAUAAUAUCAUGGCGGCUGACGUUAUGUGUAUUCAAUAAAAGCUAUUUUAAGCUAAUCUCGGUUUGAAAGAAAUGAUA